GAAAUAGUUCAGCUAGCUUCAACCAUUAUUUUUUCAGUUGAAGAGGAUACUAUGAAUCUAUGAUUUGGCAAUUCACUUCUAAUGGAAUGUACUUGUCAUUCUUUAUAUAGGAUUAUUAACUUCAACUUUCAGCGGUAUAUAUAAUUCCAGUUUACAGGUCAGGUUUAUGAUCCUUAAAAUCCAUCCUAAAGUUCAUUUCUUUCAUUGCUUCGCUUUCUCAAAAUAGAGUUUUGACUAGAGAUAAUUUAGCUAAAAGAAGAAAGAUAGAUGAUGUUUCUUGUCUCUUUUGUUCUGAGAGAAAUCACUCAUCAUCUGUUUUUUGUGUGUGGUAACCAAACAGAUAUGGCUUAGUAUUUCUCAGGCGGUGGGUACUGUUUGUGAUUCUGAUUAUGUUUCUUCUGGUAAUUUAUGGCUUAGUAAAAAGUUGUUAGUGGCAAAUAUGUUUACUUUUGUGCUUCUGAUUAUGUUUCUGUUGGUAAUUUAUGGCUUAGUAAAAAGAAGUUGUUAGUAGCAAAUAUGUUUACUUUUGUGUUUCUGAUUAUGUUUCUAUUGGUAAUUUAUGGCUUAAUAAAAAGUUGUUAGUAGCAAAUAUGUUUACUUUUGUGGUUCUGUUGGUAAUUUAGGGCUUAGUAAAAAAGUUGUUAGUAACAACUAAUAGAUAUCUUUAUUUAUGCUGUCCUUUAGGGUAUUUGGAAACUAAUAAAUCUGCUACUCUUUCAGAAUGUAGCUUGUAAGGGUAUGGCGAUUUUGCUACAGAAGAUAACAGGGCUAGCGCAAAAAUUUGGGGGGAAAUCAUCUAUUGAAUGGAGAGUAGACUUUUGUUGGAAGUUGGAACAAAAGUUGCUAGAUUUGAGGCAGGUGGCCAGCAUACCGGAAAGAAUCAGCCGGUGAGCUGUGGUGUGUGGGUUAUAGUUACUGGUUGCAAGGGGUGGUGACUCGAUACUAGCUUCCGUCCCUCCCUUGGCUACUUGUGUCAGGUGGUUCUCUCUUGGAGUUUGUGGGUGGACUGCUCUACUCUGUAGAAGAAGCGUCUGGGCAUGGAAGCAAUCUUUUCUUUGGAACGGAACCUCUUGGAGUGGAGUUAUGUGGUGAAAAGCCAUGGAUCAGUGAAGAAGAGGACCUGGAGAAGGCAAUGUCGUCGGGCCUUUGGAUCUAGCCCCGAGGAUGAUGGCUUGGUUGGUCAGGUUCAGGUGUUUAUUUCGUGCGUGGAGCUGUGCGGUUACGUACAGGAUGUCAGUUGUCAGGGGAGGUGGUGUGGUGGCCAACCACUGGAAAGCUAACUUUUGCUCUGAGUAUAAAAUAUGGUGGCAUCCUUCCUGGCUAUAUACUGUCUUGAAUGAAGUACCAAACUAGAGUUGGAGAGCAACCUCAAAGGCAGGGGCAUAAGUGAUCAUGGGAAAGGGACAAUGCAAGGCUGCUGGUGGCUCAAAGACGUACGUUCUGAAGCUGGACAUGCACUGCCAAUGCAAUGGCUGUGUCAAGAAGAUGAAGGACGCGGUGAAGGAGAUGAUGAGCCUCUCGCAAGGGGUGGAGAGAGCUGAUGUUUCAGCAGAGGCAGAGGCGGGAGAGGUGAGGGUGGAAGUGACGGGCGGAAUUGACAUGGACCCAGCGAAGCUCUGCUGCCUGCUGCAAGAGGCGACGAAGAAGAAGCGUGUGAGGAUAGCCGAAGAAGCGAGCGUCCCAUCGCCUGGGCGGCAAACCACUCUGUCUGGUCAGGGUCAGGCAGAGGCUGCUGGUGGCUGGCGGCGAGAUGGCGCGGGCACCUUCCCUACAACCGUCCCGAUCCCGAGCGCCCCGCCGGCGCCGGCGCCAGAGGAGGAGGCGGAGGCAUGGAGCGAGACGACGGCGCCUUCGGAGCGUUGCCGGUACCGCUGGGCGGCGCCUGUCAGCACGUUCGGUGUGUGGGCUGCAUCGGACAUCACCGGGACGUUGGCCAUGUUGUACCACCACCACCUAUGAACCCCGCCUCAUGCUGUGUAUAAAACGAAGCAGUCCGCGCCCUCUCUCUCUCCCUCUCUCUCUCUCCCUCCCUCUCUCCCUCUCUCUCUCUCUGUCGAGUUAGAUGGGUGUUUGAUAUUUUGGACGCGUUUGGGCCCGGGGUUAAAUUUAGUCCUAGGUUUUAUAUGCCAAAUAUGAGGGUUUUAACAUUUACUAAUCAUAAAUUGAUAAGGCUUACUUACGGGUACCUAAAAGCUUAGGGUGUGUUUGGAUGGAGGGACGAGGAAGGAUGAAGAGAGAUAGGAUGGGAUCAUUUUAAUUUGACCCGCGUUUGGUUUGGAGGUCCACAGUCAGGGUCAAAAAAUAUUGUUCAAAAAUGGUGGAUGGGACUAUCCCUCAAAAAAUAAGGGACGGGGUCAACCCAGGGUUGAUCCCGUCUCAUCCCUCGUUGACACCGAACCAAACACUACCUUAAAUUAUCAUCACGCAAUGCAGUCCUGAGAUCCCAAACGCGUCGUCUAUAGGUUGGGACAACAGCAACGCGGCACCGUACUAGUGCAAAGUGGGGCGAAGCCGUGAAGUGACGCGGAAGUCGGGUGUGUAGCAGCGCGUCAACCACGCAAGUCAAGGAGGGAAUCACCACAAAAAAAUAUAGAAUAGUUUCAGUUUGUAUCCACCUUGAUUGGUUAUCCGCACCCUUUUAUCUUAGAUCAUCGUAUGUAUUGACUUUAUUUGAGAUUAUGUUUGGUUGAUUGUAUGUGUGAGUCAUAGUCUACAUGGUGCAUACAAAAUAAGUCAUUUUGAUAUUAUUAACAUGCAUCCAUCUAUAUGAUGCUUAAAAUUAU